CCCACACACCCAGCCGGAGACGCCCAGCGGAACGCCCUCAUUCACGUCAGUCACGCAACGAUCUCCGGCGUCUUGAGGUCGCUCUGCUCCUCAUCAACAGUGUGGCCGUCGUCAUGUGUCGUCACCACAGACAGCUGCACCGACUUCUUGGUGUCCUGCUCCGGCUCUUGCCGACUCUCCCCGUUGUGCUGGUGCUGCUUUCUCUCCCCCCGUGUGUGGACGAAUUGGAAGAUGCACACCCCCAAGAACACCAGACAGAAGCCCACCGCUCGAGGGGUGGUCACUGGGUCCAACUCAAGGUCGAAGGCCGGCGCCAGCAAGGCGUCAAACAACAGAGACCCCGCCUGAUUGAUGGACACACACACAGAGAGAGAGAAAGAGCGGCAUGGAAAGCCUGAGGGCUUCUUGUGCUUCCUCGGUGCAAUCAAUGCCUGCCUACCAGCUGCCCCAGAAUGGUGAGAGAGAAUGUGGCCGCGAAGGAUAUGUAGGUCGGGCAGACGAUCCAGACCGUGACGACGCACACCCCAAUAGCCCCUCCCAGCCACUUCCAAGUGUCGCCGACAGACUGCGUCGACUGCGACACAUCAGGCACCACGCCCGUGCAGAGGCUCGCGAUGGCGAGAGAUAACGUCCCCAUCACAAAAGACACGAACCCACCUGCACCCCCGAGAUUGCAACAGAGGUUCGCUGUGUGUGUGUGUUAUAUGCCCACCUCGCCAUGGGCUGCCAAGUGAGUGGCCGACCUUUCUGUUCCAGGUGGACUGAAGCACCAGAAAACACCCUGAUUCACUCACACACAAACACAUACACACGCUCGCAUCCAUGCCUCUCCUCUCCCUUACCGGCCAUGAGCGCCAAAACGACAUAAAGUGCAUAGAGGGGUUCGAAGGACGCCCCAAGGAUCCUGUCAAGCUGGAACACGACAGUCCCAACGACCACCACGAAGCCACCCAGAGCCCGCAUGGCGGUCAGCGGCCGCACAGGCGACCAAAACCAACCGAGGGAAUCCACAAGCAGCGACGUCGCCACCUGCACCCACAAGCCCAAUUGACACACAUGAAGCAAGACACACCACCAGCACCAGCAGCAGCAGUGAUGAUUCUCACCCACCUGCCCGCAGACGACACAGACGUAGAACACCCCAAACCCGAUCAGCGGCGUGAGCAGCACACUGCAUGCGACGUAGAAGCUCCCCAGCGUGCCGCCGAACAAGACCACCAUCCGAGGAAACGCUCUAACUUCCUUGCAGAACGUCCUCAAGUUGGAGAGCCUCAGCCGCGGGAAGGCGAAAAAUGCGAGCAGCACCGCGCCAGUGGCGAAUGAGAAAAAGGCCGACCAGAGGCCGUGACCGACAUCUCUGCCGAGGUUUAUGUUGAUAGCGGCCUGCAAAGAGCACGCGCAGUGAGAGCAUGUGACAGAUCUGCUUCCUCUGCUCAUUGCUUGCCUCACGGACCUGCAGCGGCAGCCCAGCUCCUGCGAUGAAGCACGCCAAGGGCACGCACACCAGCACAAGCAACACAUUCUUGGUGUCCAUUUGAGUCAAUCACAAGCGUUGAAUUCGAUGUGAGGUGGAUGAGUGUGGCAUAGGCGACAUCCCCAAGCGAAGGAUCUUGGCGUUUUGC